CUGCGAGCAGCUGUCAGUGCACCAGUAAAUGGCGCAUCUUUGCCAAUGUUAGCCAAAAUAAUUUUUGCGAUAAAAAAGUACGUGUAAACAAAGAUCAUGACGGCUUCCGGAAUUUUACCUACAUAUCAAAGAUUCGUGCCCGGUGUCCCAGUGCCCUUUUCAAGACGUUCCUUUCGUCCAAGGGAAAAAUAUGUUGUAUUUUUAGUGUUUAUCACAUUCGGUUUUGUAUGUUUUGGUACAUUCUUUUUCCUACCUGAAUUUAGGACUGGUGGUACAGCUGAAAGUGUAUACAAAGUGUAUGAUCAAAUAAAGAGAGCUGGACCUGAUCUACUAAUACCUCCACCUCCUUUGGAGAACAUAGGAGAAGCCCCUAAACUCCUUAGACAUGAAGAUGACAUUAAGGAAGACCCUCAUGUCAUAGGGGAUAGGGCUAAACUUAGGGCCAAAAUUGAACAGGACGGUGAGUUAAAGGUUCUUGAAAGGCCUGAUAUAGAAAGACCUAAAACUUCCUCUACUGCUAAACAAGUCAGUGAAAUAAGGGUGGUAGAUGGUUUUGGAGAUCAGCUUCGAGACCAGCUUCAGAAAACAGUUCCUGCAGCUCACAGUAACCGCUAUCCAAUGUUAGAGGGAGGUGAAGAUGAGGAUGCGGAAGCUAGAGCCCGAAGGGAGAAAGUUAAAGAGAUGAUGAAACAUGGAUGGGACAAUUACGUAAGGUACGCAUGGGGUAAAAAUGAGCUGAAACCAAUAAGCAAACGUGGUCACAGUGCCAGUAUUUUCGGUUCUAUGCCAUUGGGAGCUACGAUCCUGGACAGUUUAGAUACACUCUAUAUUAUGGGCAUGAAAGAUGAAUUCAAGCAGGCUAGGGAAUGGGUGGCUAAUGAGCUGGAUGUUGAACAAGCAGUUUCAGACGUGUCUGUUUUCGAAGUAAACAUUAGAUUCGUGGGUGGAUUGUUGACGUGCUACGCCUUUACCGGCGAUACUUUGUUCCGUGACAAGGCACAGCAAAUUGCCGACAAAUUAUUGCCAGCAUUCGACACCCCCAGCGGCAUUCCCAACGCUCUGGUUAAUUUUAAGACAGGGGUUAGCAAAAACUACGGAUGGGCCAGUGGCGGCUCCAGCAUUCUCUCAGAAUUCGGUACGCUCCACCUAGAAAUGUCAUAUCUUAGUGAUAUUACUGGAAAACCAAUAUACAGAAACAAAGUGGAUCAUAUAAGAAAAGUAUUACGUGAAUUGGAAAAACCAAAGGGAUUGUACCCCAACUAUCUCAACCCAAAGACUGGAAAAUGGGGACAACACCAUAUGUCCAUGGGAGCUUUAGGAGACAGUUUUUACGAAUAUUUGUUAAAAUCAUGGAUACAGUCAAAUAAAGAAGAUAACGAAGCUAGACAAAUGUUCGAUGAUUCCAUGGCAGCCGUCUUCCAACAUAUGCUUAAAACGUCUACCAAUGGUCUUAUGUAUUUCGCAGAACUGAAAUUCGAUAGACCUGAACACAAAAUGGAUCACCUUGGAUGUUUCUCGGGUGGUUUACUAGGCCUAGCUUCCAAAACUCUCAGGAAUGACCAAUCGAGUAAAUAUAUGAAAGUAGCAGAAGAAAUCACUCGCACCUGCCACGAAUCCUACGACCGCACUGCCACCAAACUGGGUCCAGAAUCCUUCCGAUUCACUGAAGGAUCUGAAGCUAGAGCACUCAAAACGUCGGAAAAAUACUAUAUCUUAAGACCCGAAGUAAUAGAAACGUAUUUCUAUAUGUACCGUUUAACCAAAGACCAAAAGUACAGGGACUGGGGUUGGGAAGCUGUUCAAGCUCUCGAGAAGCACUGUAGAGUAGCUGGUGGAUUUACUGGACUUAAGAAUGUUUAUGCAGAAGAUCCACAACAGGACGAUGUACAGCAGAGCUUCUUUUUGGCUGAAACUUUAAAAUACCUGUACCUUCUCUUUUCUGACGAAAGCCUAUUGUCGCUAGACGAAUGGGUAUUUAACACGGAAGCCCAUCCUCUACCAAUAAAGGGAGUCAACCCUUUCUACAGGGAGUCCACACAAUAGCACCGACUUUAAAUUCAAUUAAACGACUGAUAUAUAGAAACAAUUAAUUAACUAAUUAAUUUAUUUGAACAGAUGAGAGAAAUAAUAUAUAUUUAAUUACGUUUCGAACAAUAUACAGAUCAGUUUACAGUUCAUUUAUCAAAAUAGGGCUAUUCAUCGCUGCUCAUUUAUUUCGAACACAUGACAUAUGACGUACCAUCUAUAUACGUCAUGCGUCAUUCGUAGAAUUAACGCACCACCUUAAAAAUUGGUCAUUCCUAAUGUCUCGAAUUUUCUAAACGUGUUUUCCGAUUUAAGUGAUUUUUUUAACAUGUUAUAGUUUUAUUCUUUGACAAUAUCGCUGUAAUAAUAUUGUUGCUAGACAGGUAAAUUUGUUUUGUGUACCGGGUGUAGCAAUCAAACUCUGAUUUUUUCUCCAGGUUCGCGUCACCCUGUGGAAUAUUCUAGCAUAUAUAAAAAACUGCAAUUAAAACCCAACUACAGCCUCAUGUUUUCUUAACAUUCUGUUUUUUAUUAAUUCGCUUAUGUUGGAUAAUAAAAGAGUUAGGUACUUUAACAACUAGCCUUGUUUUUCACCAAUACAGGGUUUUUUUAACAAGUAUGGCAAACUUAUGCAUGAAAAAAUAAUGACAGUUUGCUUUUUAAACGUGUGUCUGCAAACGCUUCGUUUCCAAGAUAGGGGGUGUUGAAAUUUUUCUUACAAACUGACGAUUUAUUUUCUGCUCUAAAACCUAUAAAUAUAUGCAAAUGAAAUUUGGUGGGCUUUAAGAGGUAGUUAUUGUGCAUUUUUUGACAUACAAUUAAGAAUUUUAUGUUCACCAUGGGCGCACAUAAGGGUCAUAUUACCCGUAUGCGCGCCAAUAUAUUAAAUUCCUAGUUGUUAAACAAGUUGUUAAAAACAAGGCUAGUUGUUAAAGUACCUAACUUUUUUAUUAUCCAACAUAAGCGAAUGAAUCAAAAAACAGAAUGUUAGAAAACAUGAGGCUAUAGUUGUGUUUUAAUUUCAAUAAUUUAUAAAUGCUAGAAUAUUCCACAGGGUCACUCGAACUUUGAGAAAAAAUCACAGUGUGAUUGGUAAACCCGGUAUACAAUGGCAAUUUACCUGUCUAGUAACAAUAUUAUUACAGCGAUAUUGUUAAAGAAUAUGGCUAUAACAUAUUAAAAAAAUCACUUAAAUCGGACAACAGGUUUGGGAAAUUCGAGACAUUAAAAAUAUCCAAUUUUUAAGUUGGUGCGUUAAUUUCUUGGAGAAGUGUAUUAUAAUUGGGAUAUACCAAUGACGUAGGAUGUAUAAAUUUUAUACUUCAUAGAUCAGGUAAAACAAAUGAGCAGCUAUUAAUAGCCCUAUUUCUAUAUCCUUCGUAAAGUAAUCCUUCGCCAGUUUGGUAAGACUUUUCGUUGAUCUGUAUAUUGUGAACAUCGACAAUGUGUCCCAACUGUCAGGUUUAAAUCUUUUUUACUAAUAUGACUAAAAUCGUUUUAACUCUAAAACUUAUUCGUUUCAUGACAUUUCUAGAGGUAAGUUACAUAUUUCCAGAUAUUAUAAAAAUAUAUUUUAUAUUAAUCAAACCACGAUUGCAUCUAUUGCUCAAAAUUUUUUAAAAUCAUUUGAGUAUUCAACGCAAUUUUGUAUUUACUUCUUAUUUUUAUUCGUUAUAACUAUUUCCCGCCAAAAAGAAUUGUAUACUACUGGUGCCAUCUAUUGCCAAGCUACUCCUUUGUUAUUUCUUAUUAUAUCCAAGGAAACAGAGAACUAAAGAUUUCUUACGCUGAAAAACAAAUUGUGGUUACAACCUAAAUUCGAGCCUUCUAAAAUUUACAAAGCAAACGGACGAUAAACGGAAGACAUGAUGAAUCUAUGAUAUGCAUUCCACAUCACGUCAAUUUAUCUAUUGUGCGUCCCACCUUGACUUUACAGUACAGGUUCUUAUGACCAACAGUGAUGCCAAAUUUUAUCAGAAACAGGUUUUAAGUAAACAUACUUUUUUCUAUAGGAUAACUAUUAAUAACUUAGGAAUUAAUAUUAUUGAUAUUUUGUGGCUGUCAAGGGUUCAAAAACGUUUUUUUUUCUUCGAAAAAUACCUUUAUGUGAACAAAAUAAAAAUAAUUUUGUAUAAAAUAUUUAUAUAAUAAUGUAUUUAAGCGCAUAAAUAUGUUAAACCUUAAUAAAUACGUAGGUACCUACAGAAAUAAUUAAGAUACAUUUAAACUAUCUAUUUUAGCUUCUUUCUACAAUCCCGUCUUCCUCACUUUGACUGCCACUGUCGUAGGGUGUAAACACAUUAAAAUUACAUUAAUUUCAUCUUGGAAAUCAGUCAUUAAGAAUAACAAUAAACUGCAAUUAGGAUCCAAAUUUUCCAAAUAAGCAAUGAGUUACUCCAAAUAAGCAAUGAGUAAUAAUUUUAAGCUUAUUUAAUAUUCUUUGUUAUAAUUUAAUUUAGGUGAACUGACCAUCAACAAGUAUACUUUAUUUAUUCUCAACUGUAGGACCUGGUAGGACAAUAUAAAACUUUACUUAAACUUGACUGACAAUCUAUUUUAUAUUUUUCUUGACAUUACUACAGUCAAGUAAAACAAUAUUUUUCAUUGCUUUUUUUUUGUGAGUGAUAGUCAUUUUCGAAAAGUAAUCAGCAAUUUUAUAAUCGAUAUGGGUAAUAACUUUUUUUGGUUAAGAAUGUUAGAAUAUUCAACAUUAAAAGUGGAUGUUGUUCUAUGGUUGUUAAUUUAUGUAUUGACAGUACUUAUAGACAGUUCUGAAGUAAUGUCAAGAAAAAUAUAAAAUAGAUUGUCAGUCAAGUUUAAGUAAAGUUUUAUAUUGUCCUACCAGGUCCUACAGUUGAGAAUAAAUAAAGUAUAAUUGUUGAUGGUCAGUUCACCUAAAUUAAAUUAUAACAAAGAAUAUUAAAUAAGCUUCAAAUUAUUACUGAUAACAUUGUAUUAAGUAACUCAUUGCUUAUUUGGAAAAUUUGGAUCCUAAUUGCAGUUUAUUGUUAUUCUUAAUGACUGAUUUCCAAGAUGAAAUUAAUGUCAUUUUAAUGUGAUUACACCCUACGACGGUGGCAGUGAAAGUGAGGAAGACGGUAUUAUAGAAAGAAGCUAAAAUAUAUAGUUUAAAUGUAUUUUAACUAUUUCUGUAGGUACCUACGUAUUUAUUAAGGUUUAACAUAUUUGUGCGCUUAAAUACAUUAUUAUAUAAAUGUUUUAUACAAAAUUAUUUUUAUUUUGUUCACAUAAAGGUAUUUUUCGAAAAAAAAAAUGUUUUAGAACUCCUGACAGCCACAAAAUGUCAAUAAUAUUAAUUCCUAAGUUAUUAAUAGUUAUCCUAUAGAAAAAAGUAUGUUUGCUUAAACCUGUUUCUGAUCAAAUUUGGCAUCACUGUUGGUCAUAAGAACCUGUACUGUAAAGUCAAGGUGGAACGCACUAUAGGAAUCUAAUUCGUUCAACUUUUACCUGGAUAAAUUGACGAAUCGAUGAAUGCAUAUUGCAGAUUCCCCAUGUCUAUCCCAUGUUUAUCGCCCGUUUGCUUUGUAAAUUGUAGAACACUCGAAUUUAAGUUGUAAUCAGAAUUUGCUUUCCAGCUUAAGAAAUCUUUAGUUUUCCGAUUCUUUCGAUUUAUUUUUGCUUUUAAUAGAUGUCGCUGUUGCGUCUUUUGCCAAUUAUUUUUAAUAAUUUGUUAACAUGACUGGGAGAUUUGUAUUCGAUUCAGAGCGCACCACGGGCUGUUCUGAGGAGUUCAAAAGAACGAAAUGUACAUAAACAGAUGUUGGUGAUCUCUGAAACGAAAUUAAAUCUUACUUAAACUGUCUGAAAUUAUUAUUUCUAGUUUACUUCUCAAAAAAAACUUAACAGCUGCAUUUUUUAUUGUUAUUUAAAUAUUUAUUUAUUUGAAUUUUUUUGUGGUUUCCUUUAGUUUAAGUGAAUAAUAAUGAUUUAAGAUAAUCAAAAUUUUACCGGACAUUUGGGACACAUUUGUAUUAGGUAAAUAAAAUAUGAAGCGACUGGGGUCUUGUAAAAAGGGUUAAAAUCUUUGUAUAGUGAAAAGAAUAUUCGGUGUGAGUGUGUUGUGAGUAUUUCUGUGAUCUUGAAACUUGAUAGAUAAAGUUGGAAUACUUUAUUGUAAACUUAGAGAUGUACAGAUAAAUUAGAGCAUUUAAUCUGAUAGCACAAAAUACAAAAUCACGGUUUUCAAAAUUAUGAAAAAAUAAUUCAAAAUUUAUUAAUUUGCUUCAGUUUAUUCAGUUUAAAGCACAGGUUCAUAAUUUUUUAAUCGGGCACAUUGUUUACAUCUAACACUAGCUGUUCAUGGACGCCAAACUUCAUAGCUGGCAUGUCAAACGUCAUAGCUGAGACAUGUCAAACGUCACAGCUGAGACAUGCCAAACGUCAUAACUGAGACGUGUCAAACGUCAUAGCUGAGAUGAACAUGCGCAUUGAUUCAGUUGAAGUUAAUGCCAGUGAGUUAAAUAUACAGAAGCUUCAUUAGAAUAGUGAAGGGCGUUCAAACCCAAGAUAUGUUGUUUAAAAUAUAAUACUGAAAAAUGCAACCCAUAGGAUUCAAGAAAAAGAAAACUUUAGGUUGGCACAUAGCACUAAAAGUUAAAAAACAACAGAACAAUAGUUUUCAUUUUGGUCAAAUUUCCGCAAUGAAAUAUUUUCUUUAUUUAGCAUUUUCCUAAUGAUUGGCUAAAAUAUAGUUCUGCUGUAGAAUGUAAAGUUCUUUCCCUGUACUUCCCAAUAUAAAGUUUUCUGUCAUCUUUUUUUUUUAUUUUUUGGAGCGUGCUGUUACUGUACAUUCUACAAAAAGGUUCAGGUUUUACAGUCUUUACAUUUAACUUAUGUACUAUAUCCUAUUAUUUAUUUCCUAUACCUUAACUCAUCUGUCAAUUCAUAACACUGUUACUAAAAUGCUCUUGUUAGUAUUCCUAAGCAUAGCUAUACCAAUUAGGCUAUUUGCUCAGUCUUUUGUAUAUAUAAUUUAAGAUCCACAAAUCCCUUCUCUAUUUUGCUGUGGAAGAUUUUGCCUUCUCCAUUUUUGAGGUGCAAGCCUGUUUUUCGCUCAUAGAAAAGGUUACACGAUUUCCUCGCAGGGUAGCAAGGCAAGCAGACAAAAUCAAAAGUUGAAAAAUCUCCCGCUAGGGGCAUGCUCUCUAUGUCAACUGAAUACGGACGGAAAACCAGACGCAUGCGCGCUAGAAGUAUGGACAUUUUUGAAUAUGUGACAGUAUUGUCACGAUACUACCGUUUUGUAUCCUGCAUAUAUUGUAUUUUGGUACAUUAUGAUGCUAAAUAUUAUAAUAUGAUGUAAUCCAAUUUAAUCUAUGGUUAUACUAAUCAAAUAUUUCUUUUUCAUCUUGCCAAAAAUGUAAAUUUUACAAAUUUUCUAUUUUGUGCUGCCAGAACAAUUUUUUUGAUUAUUUUGUUGCUUUGUUAUUAAUUUGUUACUGAAAUUUCUUUGAGAAUUGCAUUUUUUUUUAUUUAGUAAGUCAACUUCCAAUAAAGUUCCAUAUUUGAACAGAUUUAUCUACAGAAAUCUCUCAUUUUAUUCUGCGAUUGCUACAUCUAACUAUAUUAUCUUGGUAACAUUUAUCAGUUUUAGCGGUAUAUAGUGAGAUACUUUUGUAUAUACAUAUAUUUGAAAAAACAGUGCAAUUAUUAGUAAAUCACCGAUUUUAUUUAUAAUUUUUUUGUUAACAAAUGAUUCAGGGUCCAAUAAAGUUGAUCACUACUUGUUUA